AGGAGCGCUGCUCAGACUGCUGUUCUCGACCGAAAUCAGCCAUUUUAAGUAAUUUCAGCACAAUUAGCAUGUGUACUUGGGAGCUGACCAUGAAAACAAUGAAGAUCUUUUCGUGAAUAGCUGUGGGAUAGAAAUGAGGGGAAAAGCAGAGUCAGCCCAAGUCGACUAGUCGCAAUGACUUGCGACUUUUCUUCCGUCUACGGAAUUAUAUAGACGCUAAUGGGCAGCAGCAACCGGGGGUGAGAUAAGACCUCCCGUAAUAUGGAUAACAAAAGUCAAGAACGUUAUAGCCCUUGGAAAAGUGACAGAACUGCUGUUGGAGCGUGAUAUUUCAUCAAGGGGAGAUUGGCUAUUCAAACGGAACAAAUGAUAAGAGAUAGCUACACUUUUAGUUUAAAUGGGAUCAACAGUCCAACCAAAGUUAUGUACGACAAAUCUUGUUUAAAUAUGUACUUUUGGUUGGCGCAGAGACCACCAGAGGCCUGGCAUUCCUUGGACUAAAAACCAUUCAACUAAUUAUUCAAGAAAUUGGCAAAUGAAAGUCAACAACCGAAAUUCUUAUAAUUGAUGACCGGGAACCCAAAUUAGAGCUGGAGGGAGGAAAAGCUCAUCGUGAACUGUUUCGUGACGUCGAAAAGUUUUGGUUGGUUGUUGGUGGGGUGAGAAUCAUAAAAAGAGAGAAAGCGGCGCAAUAUAGCGACGCUCUGGUUCAAACAACUCGGUGGGUUCCAGGUAAGUCCACGGUUGGCCAUCCACCAGGUAAAAAGUAGAGUUGAGUUGAUGGGGUUGCGCGCUGGGUCGAAAAUAACGUCCCAGAAAGUCUCCACCAGGAGCCAGCAGCCACAGUGUAGAGUCAAAGCGCUAACCACUUCAGUGCCCUCGCUUGAGAUUAUAGAGGACACAACCUUAACAAUCCAGCUCUUCUUCUACUACUCCGUCAUUUCAGACAUUUUUUCUAUUUAUUUUGCGAUGCGGAUUUAAUUCCGUCAACUGGAAAAACCCCCAAUCGAAAAAUUAACUCUGAGAGCGCGGGGCUCCUAGUUUUCAAAAUCCUCCGAUUCCGUGUGAAAGAAAGAAAUCAGUGUGUACAGUGCCCAAAUAAUCUCCUGGAAGGAAAACAAGUUUUUUUUUUAUCUGAUCCGGCCGGAAGAGGAUGCGUUUGCCUAGAGAUUCCGUUGGCGUCCCAGCAGCAGCAACAUCUCUACGUUCAUCUUCGCCCUCGUCGUCCUUGUCCUCUUGCAAACUGUUAGGCAACAAAGAAAACGUCCAGCCUCCGGAAGGCAACGGAAGUGGUGGUGGUGGUGCUAGCGAAUCCUCUACAGCGGCCAAUCUGCUUUGGCUUUUAGAUUUCCGGUUGGACAAUCUUUUGCCCAAUGAUGGAAACAGUGCCGACAAGAUGGCUCCCGUCCAAGUGAAUAAAGAUUCGAGCGAUUCAGUUGCGACAAACUCCAGCAGCGGAGGAGGAGGAGGAGGAGGAUCGGCCGGAAGAAGCGGAACUGUCCCACCAGCUGUCAAGCCUCCUUACACCUACACGGAGCUGAUUGAACAAGCCCUGAGCGAGAAAGGCCCACUCACGGUGGCUGAAAUUUACCGAUGGAUCUCAGAAAGAUUCCCGUAUUUCAAAGCGAAUGACGAUCGUUGGAAGAAUUCCGUCCGCCACAAUUUAUCCAUCAGUCCGCACUUUAGGAAGAGCGUUAAAGCUCGGACGGGCACGGGACAUUUGUGGACAUUAGCCUUGCCCCCGUCCGCCAGGACUAUUGCCGCUAACCUCGCGCAAAAGGCCAAAGAAAAUAAAGUCCAGCCGGAAGAAGUCCAGGAUGAAGUGGCCAGGGCUUGCAUGGAACUUCUCCGCGCCGAAGGAUCGCCAGUUGUUCAAUCGACAGAGUACGAACCACCGCAUCAGGAUGGCCGCAAUAGUCCGCUGACAUUCGAAAGAGCGGCGGAAUUGAUGCUGGCCGAGAGCGGAGCCGGCAACUGCGAAGGCCGCGUUCAUGUGGAAUUUCUGGCGCGACCUUUGCAACUUUUAGGACACAUGGAAAACGGCUCCUGCUCACCAGAGUUUUUGAAUCCUAUUCCUCGUGACGAGUUGAUGGAGGAAUCUGGUCUGUUCUCCAUAGAAGAUCCGUUCAAUUCCGAAAUGGAGGAUCCUCAUCAGAAUAACCAGUGUCAAAUUCAAGUGGUGACGGACGAUAAUCAGAUGCAGACGGAAGAAGUCAAUUUCGACGCGUUCCCGCACGCGGUUAAUGAUGCUACCAGCAUGUUGUUUGGUGACGAUUACCCUCUAUCAUAUUCCUACGAGAUUCUAUGAACAUGACUAUGAUGCGACGAACGAUGGAGAUAUUAAAUUACGUGUUAAUGUGCAACUGCUAAAAAACAGGAGCUAGUCUCCUGUUUUAGUCUAGUCAUACCCUUCACGAAGCCGUCUAAACUUUUCUAUCUCAGCGCACAGCAGGAUUUUCUCCCCUUAUUUUUGGGUUUCUACGUUUCUCCCUUUUUUUUCUACUAGCUUUGAACUUGUGUAAAAGUGAAUUUGUCAAUAAAAUCGAGAAAGCACA